UUUUAGGUAAGUUAAUCAGUUGUUCUAAUCUUUCUCAUGUUCUAUUCUUUUCUUCAGAUCUUUGGGUUGUUUAUUUGGCUCGUUUUCUAUAAUUCGUUUGAUUUGAUUGUUUUGUUUUUGGAAAUUGCUUUUGAUUUAGUUUGGUUUGAUUUUAAUCAUCUUUAAUUUUGCAUUUUCUGGUUACUUGUGGCUUCUUACCUGCACUGAGAUUUCCUUGUUUGGUUGUUAGUCUUUGAUUUGGAAUUUCUGUUUAUAUUGGUUACGUUUCUUUUCACCUUCGGUUUCAUGUUUGUCCCUUGUUGAUGUUUUAUCUGAUAUUUAAUGAUAUUGAUUUGGAUCUAAUCAAUGGAGGAAGAUGCUUCGUUUGACCACUUGGAAUAUGACAAAUGACCUCUUGAGGAUUAACUAAUUUUCUGAUUUCAUCAAUACAAAGCACGAGAUCAAAUUGAUUAGUUUGAUUACUCGACUUCUCCACUUGAAUCUGUGAUUAUCUGGUUUCGAUUUUUGGGUUAAUUUUGAUUCUUUUCUGGUUCAAUUCUGUCAUUUGAUUGGUUCUUUUUUCUUCUUCGCUUGUGUUUUCCAUCUCGUUGGUCUUUUUGUGUUGAUUUUUUUUUCUCUUCUCUUUGGUUAUGGACUCAAAAUCUCGAUCUAAAUCAUCUGCAUCUUCAUCUUCAUUAUCAUCUUCAUCUUCUUCAUCCUCAUCUUCUUCUGGUGCCAACGGAUCCACAAUUUCUCCUGAUUUUGAUAGUUCCAUUUUGGAGGAUAUUCUUAAUGAAAAGAAAUUGUCUUUGAUGAAAUCACCUUUUGUUCUUAAUUACAUUCAACAGUCUAUGAAAUCCACAGUUCCAAGUGAUAAACAAUCGCAAUCUAAUCUGUGAGCCUACAAUUUUUGGUGAAAUUGUUGUGAUUUUCUUGUGAAUUAUUGCUUAUACUAAUUACUUGGAAGAAUUUUUUCUUCGUCAUCUUUCAUAUCUUCUUUUGAUCUUGGAUUUAGGUAACAACACAUUUCAACAUGUCUUUAGCUGAUGAAUUAUUAGCUGAUCUUGAUGGAGAUGAUGAUGUUGGUUAUUAUGAAUCAUCAAAUCCUCCCGGUGAAAUGGGUGAUGAAGAUGAAAUACCAAAUAAUUCUGUUCUUGGUUGUAUAAAGGAAGAAAGUAUGGAAAUAGAUCUAUCCAGUUCCAUUAGGAAAUUGGCAACUGUUUAUGAUUCCGAUGAGCUGAAAAAAGUAAUGGCUGAAAUUGAUAAAAGAGCUGGUGAAAGUGGAGACAUUUUCAAUAAAGGAAACCUUGAUGGACCCGUUGAAGAUCACCCUGAGUAUAAGUUAAUUGUCGAGACCAACAAUUUAACCGUUGCCAUUGACGAUGAUAUAAAUAUAAUCCAUAAAUAUGUCAAAGACAAAUACAGUCAAAGAUUUCCAGAACUCGAUUCAUUGAUUCCAACUGCAUUGGAAUAUCUAAUGACUGUGAAAGAAUUGGGAAAUGACCUGGAUAAGGCAAAGAACAAUGAAAUAUUACAAAAUUUUCUGCCCCAGGCGACAAUUAUGAUUCUAAGUGUUAGUGCAUCAACAACCCAAGGGGAUCAGCUGAAUGCCGAGGAAUUAAAUUCUGUCACCGAAGCUUGUGAUAUGGCGAUUGAAUUAAAUGCUAAAAAGCUGAAGAUUUUUGAAUUUGUCGAGUCAAGGAUGUCAUUUAUUGCUCCAAAUGUAUCGGCCAUUGUUGGUGCCAAUAUCGCUGCUAAACUAAUGGGAUUAGCUGGUGGAUUAACUAAUCUCUCUAAAAUGCCUGCUUGUAAUGUUGAAGUUCUUGGCUCUAAGAAACGGACUCUCGCCGGUUUCUCAUCGACACAAAUUUUACCUCACACUGGGUUCGUCUUUCAAACGGACAUUGUUCAAGAGACACCGGCUGAUUUCAGGCGAAAAGCAGCUCAUCUUGUAGCUAAUAAAUGUACAAUUGCCGCUCGAAUUGACGCUUGUCAUUCAUCUCAAGAUGGUUCACAAGGUAGAAUCUUGAGAGAAAAAAUUGAACGAGCUUUAGAUAAGCUUUUAGAACCUCCGCCAGUUAAACAAGUGAAACCUUUACCUCAGCCGAUUGAUCAGCCUCGUAAAAAGAGAGGUGGUAAACGUGUUCGUAGAAUUAAGGAAAGAAUGGCAAUGACCGAAUUUAGAAAACAAAUUAAUCGCAUGAACUUUGGUGAAAUUGAAGAAGAUGCUUAUCAAGAGGAUUUAGGUUUUACCACUGGACAAAUUGGUAAAUCGGCUAUGGGUCGAAUCAGAGCUCCACAGAUCGAUGAGAAGACCAAAGUUAAAAUUUCUAAAACUUUACACAAACAAAUGCAAAAAACUUCCGUUUAUGGAGGGACAACUACGAUUAAGAGACAAAUUUCGGGAACUGCUUCUUCCGUUGCAUUUACGCCACUUAAAGGUAUCGAAAUCGUCAAUCCUCAUGCAGCCGAAGCGAAAACAAAUGACUCGGGAAAAUAUUUUUCAACGACCAGCGGAUUUCGUAGUGUUGUUAGGAAAACGACUUGAUCAUGAAAACUUUCAAAAAAUUAACGAAUUAAUCAAAAUCAAAUGGAAGUAAAUUGAAAAGCAGAUUGAAUCGUUUUUAUCAAUA